GCCUUGAUCCAUCUGUUCAAAGCAAAUAUUGGCAUAGGUCUUCUGGGACUGCCUCUGGCCAUGAAGAAUGCAGGCAUCAUUGUGGGUCCUCUCAGUUUGCUGGUGUUGGGCAUCAUGGUUGUACACUGUAUGGGCAUCUUGGUGAAGUGUGCUCACCACUUCUGCCAGAGGAUGCAAAAGCCCUUUGUGGACUAUGGAGAUACUGUGAUGUAUGGACUAGAAGCCAGUCCCUUUAUCUGGCUUCGGACCCAUUCCUUAUGGGCAAGGCACCUCGUGAGGUCCUUGCUAAUCAUUACCCAACUGGGUUUCUGCAGUGUGUAUUUUUUGUUUCUGGCUGACAACUUUAAGCAGGUGGCAGAAAUCACUUCCAUCAGCCACAGGUGCCAGCAAAAUGAGACAACAACAAUGACGGAGAUUCUGCCUUCUCUUAAUUUGCACCUCUAUAUGGUCACCUUCCUACCCUUUUUGAUCCUUCUGGUGUUUUUCCAUAACCUCCUGAUGCUGGCCAUCUUCUCCACUAUGGGCAACAUUGCCAUCCUAGGGAGUGUAACCUUGAUCUUCAGCUACAUUAUGCAGGACAUACCAAAUCCAAAGAACCUACCCUGGUCAGCAAAUUGGCAGACAUACAUGCUGUUCUUUGGUACCGCCAUAUUUUCACUUGAAGGCAUUGGCAUGAUUCUCCCUCUUGAAAACCAAAUGAAGUAUCCUAAUCAUUAUACUGUGAUCCUGUACAUGGUGAUGCCCAUCAGCAUUAUUCUUUAUGUCAGUCUGGGAACCCUGGGCUACAUGAGAUUUGGAGAUGACAUUCAGACCAGCAUAAUCCUCAAUCUGCCCAAUUGCUGGUUGUAUCAGUCUGUCAAGAUACUCUACUCCAUUGGGAUUUUUUUCACCUAUGCCCUGCAGUUUUAUGUUCCUGCAGAGAUCAUCAUCCCCCUUGUCAUCUCCUGGGUACCAGAACCAUGGGAAUUGUUGGUUGACUUGUCUUUCCGUGCAAUCAUGGUCUGUAUGACAUAUAUCUUUGCCAUGCUGAUCCCUGAAAUGGAGCUGGUCAUUGCACUGCUGGGCUCUGCAAGUUGUAGUGUCCUGGCUCUGAUCAUCCCACCUCUCCUCGAGAUCUGUACCUAUUCCUUGGAUGGUUUAAGCACCUUCACCAUAAUUAAGGACAUCUUUAUCAGCACCCUGGGCAUUCUUGGGUGUAUAAUGGGAACCUAUGAAGCCUUCUAUGAAAUAAUACACCAGAACUUUUUUAGUUCCUCACAAAAUUCCACCAGGGCCUUUGUGUAA